AUGGCCACUCGUUGCUCCGCAUUCAUCCUCGCGUUGGUCCUCGUCUCUCUCCCUGCGCUCUAUGCCGCGGCUGCGCCACUGCGGGGUGACGUGGCUGGUGGAAGUGCAGAAGAGGUGGGGGAGGCGACGGACGGGCUAGACGAGGCGGUGCGGGUGCUGCUGAGCUGGAAGAAUAUCAAGAACGCGGCGAAUCAAGCGGCAAAGAGUAAGGCGGGGCAAAAGGCGGGAGGGUUGGUGAAGAAUGUGGUGAAGAAGGGCGGCAAGGAGGCGCUCACGGCUGCAGUCAACGCGUUCCGCAGCGGCAAGGGCGCCAAGGGUGCCCUGCAGGCGGGCGCUGGCUCGUUCGUCAAGACCGCGAAAACGAUGAUUUAA